CCCCAACUCUGAGAAGCCAAAACGCUGGGAACUCAGCUUGCUAGAACCCCCACAAUCUUACAUCCGUCGCGCAGUGAUGAUGUACCGCGAGCGUUACCAUGAGGGCGGAGCCAAGCGCAGGAAACUGCCGUUUUGAUUGGUUUUCAGUCUGGCGCGGGAUCUCCUGGGAUCCGAAAGAAAUUGCCUUUCCGGCCGGAAGUCGCCGUCUUCGACUCAUAGGCGUGAGCCGCGCCGGGGAUGUGGGAAUAAGAUGGCGGGGAAGAGGAAUGUUCUGUCAUCUCUGGCAGUUUACGCGGAAGAUUCAGAGCCCGAGUCUGAUGGCGAGACUGGAAUCGAGGCGGUGGGCAGCGCGGCUGAAGAGAAAGGCGGAUUGGUAUCUGAUGCCUAUGGGGAGGAUGACUUUUCUCGUCUAGGUGGUGAUGAAGAUGGUUAUGAAGAAGAAGAGGAUGAGAACAGUAGACAGUCGGAAGAUGACGAUUCAGAGACUGAAAAACCUGAGGCUGAUGACCCAAAGGAUAAUACAGAAGCAGAAAAGCGAGACCCCCAGGAACUCGUGGCCUCCUUUUCUGAAAGAGUUCGGAACAUGUCGCCUGAUGAAAUCAAGAUCCCGCCAGAACCCCCUGGCAGAUGUUCAAAUCACUUACAAGACAAGAUCCAGAAGCUUUAUGAACGAAAGAUAAAGGAGGGAAUGGAUAUGAACUACAUUAUCCAAAGGAAGAAAGAAUUUCGGAACCCCAGCAUCUACGAGAAGCUGAUCCAGUUCUGUGCCAUUGACGAGCUUGGCACCAACUAUCCAAAGGAUAUGUUUGAUCCCCAUGGCUGGUCUGAGGACUCAUACUAUGAGGCAUUAGCCAAGGCCCAGAAAAUCGAGAUGGACAAAUUAGAAAAGGCCAAAAAGGAGCGAACAAAAAUUGAAUUUGUGACAGGCACCAAGAAAGGCACCACAACCAAUGCCACGGCCACCACCACUACCACCGCCAGCACAGCUGUUGCAGAUGCUCAAAAGAGAAAGAGCAAGUGGGACUCGGCCAUCCCAGUGACAACGAUAGCCCAGCCCACCAUCCUCACCACCACGGCCACCCUGCCAGCUGUUGUCACGGUCACCACCAGCGCCAGCGGCUCCAAGACCACCGUCAUCUCUGCUGUGGGCACUAUUGUGAAGAAGGCCAAGCAGUGACCUGAGGGGCUACCCUAGGACUUGAAAGGACCAUGCAGCCCAGUGACCACUGCCCAAUGGGAGGUGCCACUUUGUAUAUUUCAGGACUGGGAACUGCUCCCCAGAUGCCACCUGAGAGGAACUUCUUUGUGGCAUUCCAUCCAGAAGGACAUGCAGCGUGGGAGCCGGGCACUGUGGACAGGGUCUGUCCGCGCACCACCUGGGAUCUGUUGCCCAUUAAAAGUGCCGUAUUUUUACCUCUUGGCA